CUGACUUGAACGAUGUAAAAUAAACGCUGUCUGACUGUCAGCUUCCAAAACAAUGUUUUGAAGAAUGCCAGCAAAAUACCGAGAUGCCAGAAUACAGUGUUAAAGUCAAAGAUCCUUGAUUACCAACUCUCUUUCUCCCCUCUCACUUUAUUGGCUUUUCAAAACAUAUACACCGUAAAAUUCCCGUUACGUCUGAUGACCUGAGUUCUCGCGUGAUUUAGACAAGUCAUGUGAUCAAAUGGCUCCUAGAUAGGAAAUAUCAUACCGAGAUGAUUUCUUGAGGAAAUGGGCACAGCGAAUGAUAUAGUCCUCAGUUGUACCAAGCAAAUUUGGCAACAUUUCAAGAUUUACCUAUGUUUUGAAUGACGGACCACAAAAUAUACCACGACGAAAAAUGGAGCACAUAAUAACACCAAAGGUAGAACAUGUGAAGCUGCUUGAUAGAUAUGCUACCAAGAAAUCAGCCACUGGUACCAUCUACCUGACUGCCACUCACCUCAUCUAUGUGGAAACAUCGAACAACACAAGACAGGAAACCUGGAUUCUGCACCAUCAUAUUUCCUCGUUGGAGAAGCUUCCUCUGACCACCUCUGGCUGUCCGCUGGUCAUCCGAUGCAAGACAUUCCACCAGCUACACCUCCUGCUGCCCCGAGAGAGAGAGUGCCAGGAUGUCUACCAGUCACUGCUGCGCUUGUCUCAGCCAGUGAAGCUCGACGAACUCUAUGCAUUUCUUUACAACCCCAAACAAAAUGAGGAGGAGAGGAGAGAAGGCUGGACCACCGUGGAUUUGGCCACAGAUUUCAGAAGAAUGGGUUUGCCCAACGACCACUGGGAAACUACUGAACUCAAUAAGGACUAUAAGAUGUGUAGCACAUAUCCGUUGAUGCUGGCAGUGCCCAAAGGUGCCAGCCAGGCCACUAUACUGGGCAGUGCCAAGUUCAGGAGUAGGGGAAGGUUACCUGCCCUAUCCUACUUUCACAAAGACUCCAAGGCCACUAUCUGUCGCUGCAGCCAGCCUUUGUCAGGCUUCAGCGCUCGGUGUCUGGAGGAUGAGCAGAUGCUCGAGGCCAUCCGCCAGGCAAACCCCAACUCCCCCUUCAUGUACGUGGUGGACACCAGACCUAAGCUGAAUGCCAUGGCCAAUCGAGCUGCAGGGAAAGGUUAUGAGAAUGAGGACAACUACUCAAAUAUACGAUUCAACUUCCAGGGCAUUGAGAACAUUCAUGUUAUGAGAAACAGUCUCCAAAAACUGCUUGAAGUUUGUGCAAUGAAGUCUCCUUCGAUGAGUGACUAUCUGACUGGACUGGAGAACUCGGGCUGGCUCAGACACAUAAAGGCUGUGCUGGAUGCGGGGGUGUUUUUAGCUAAGGCAGUGAGCGAUGAAAAGGCCAGUGUGCUGGUGCACUGUUCUGACGGCUGGGACCGCACGGCGCAGGUCUGCUCUGUGGCCGGCAUCCUCCUGGACCCGUACUACCGCACCAUCAAAGGCUUCAUGGUGUUAAUAGAAAAAGAAUGGAUCUCCAUGGGUCAUAAGUUCACACAAAGGUGCGGGCACUUGGACGGCGACCCAAAAGAGGUGUCUCCUGUCUUCACACAGUUCAUUGAGUGCGUGUGGCAGCUUACAGAGCAGUUUCCCUGCGUGUUCGAGUUCAACGAGAGGUUCCUCAUCAACAUCCACGACAACAUAUAUGGCUGCCAGUAUGGAAACUUCAUCGGAAACUGUGAGAAGGAGAGACGGGAGAUACGGCUUCAGGAAAGGACGUUCUCUCUCUGGCCGUUCUUGCUAGAGCAGGAGAAGCAGUACAGAAACCCGCUUUACAAACGGAAGACCGGCACACUGAGACCAAACACUCUACCUUUGCAUUUCAAGUUUUGGUGUGGCAUGUACAACCACUAUGAAAAGGGCAUGCACCCGAAACAGUCUGUGUUGGAUCAACUGCUCUCCUACACCCAGAAGAAGGCUGAUGGGGAGAAAAAAAUGUUGGAUCUACAGAGGCAAUUAGCGGUUGCUGAUGGAGUCCUGCCAGCUAGACCAAUUGGAUCACCUACAAUGCAAUGCAGCCAAUCACUGUCUACUCCUACACCACCUUUUAACCAAUCAUCCGGUGAUGUCCCCUGCUUGAAAAACGGUACGGGUGAGGACGCUGGCUCGGGUGGUGAAUGCACCAACGGAACACAGCCGGAGGAUUUCCCAGACUCCGAAUCUGACAUGACUGUCCAAAACGGGUAAAGCUGUCGCAGUGGACUACCAGGAUCUGAAAGAGGACGUGCUGGGUUCCUCUUAAAGCUCCAUGGUGACAGAGCAGGCGCGUUGAGUAAGGUGUACGAGGGCUGCGAGCCAGUGAAGCACAUGCCCCAGUAUGCUGGGAAAUAAAUAGCACUCACUUCUGAAAGGGGCGACUGUCAGGUGUUUAAAAAGCCUCUAGCCUUUUACGAGCGGUGCACCUGUUAAGGGGAUCGGGAACACAAGCUCAUAUUUCAGCAUUUAUGCUCCACAUGAUCAAUAUUUUGAUAACUGAGAAAUAUCUCAGCUCUCCCGUUCAUUGGGUCCACAGACUGCAUUAAGAAUCCAUCUUCAAGGUUCCUUAAUAAGUCAAUCAAUAAUUUUAUAGCAAGGCAAUAAUAUUCCUUGUAUUCCUUGAUUCAGUAUCCUCACUUGGUGACACUUUAAAUGCGGCCAGUUGGUCUCAGAGCAAUGUCCACAGUGUCAUAUUUCUGUAAAACCACUAUCAAAUUGCCUAGUUGCCAUUUCACAAGGAAUGCUGUGUAAAAAAAAGAGAAAAGGAUCAAAUCCAAUUGUCAGUCACUAUUAGUGUUUGUUUGUUUUUUUUAUGGUGGUUUUUGUACAUUGUGUUUUUUUAUCCGUUUCACAAAAAUGUUUAAAUAUAUUUGUUAUUCAAAGUUUAUUCAUGCGCU